AUGUUACCUCCUUGCUGCAAGAACUUUGUCCGUGAAAUUUUGUCAACGGACCUGUACUCGGGUUUCUUUGCCCGAAACGGCGGGUAUAUAAAACGUCAGAAGUUCCAGCCGCUGCGCCCGGCGGUGUCCGCGAAGGAGAUGAAUCUGAGCUCGACACUGACGGGCAAAAGCGAGUCGAUGACGUGGCUGCCCGCCCAAAACAGCGUGCCUCUUUGGAGCCGGCGACUACCUCUAACGGGAUCGCGUAAAAAGUGGUUCGCAUUUGAUGUGGAAUUCGAUGAGCGUCUAUGGUCACUCUGGGGCGGACUGCAUCCGCGUUCCACCUACUUCGACAGCCAGGCGAGAGGGCACCAGACCUGCUGUGUGGUUGCUUGCUGUGCGGCGAGCGUCCUGCUCAGCCUCAAAGGGUGGACAUCCAAGCUGCUCGAUGUCAUUGUCGUCGCUGGAGACAAAUACUAUCGAGCGAGCAUGCGGCGUAGUAGCAACCCGGAUGAUCUGGCGCUCGAGUGCAACUUUCACGGCACGGACUUCUUGGUCCAGCUGCAGUUGAUGGCCCAUGGACAGCUCUACAGCUCACCUGCCGGCCCGGCUAUGGGCCUCUAUGAAGCCCUCAACUUCUUCUUCACGCGUUAUCAGUUCAGCAUAGUCCAGUGCCAGGGGCACCAUCUGGCAUUUGGCUACUCCUCCUGCCGGAACGGAGGAUACUUUUUCUACGACUGCAGUGGCUGGGAUCGGCCCGUCUUUCCAGACAACAUGGGCGCCUCCUAUGUGCUGCGUUGCAAGCAGCUGCUACUACUCGUCUACUGCAUCGUGGUGACCCUGAACGUGCGAAGAGCUGGAAUAGAUUUUCAAAUUUUUAGCGUACAAGCAGAUCAAGUAGUGAACUAG